UCGAGUGCGAUGAUAACACACACAUCGCUGACGAAGAUGGCGACCAUUCCUUGUAAUCCAACAAACGAGGUUGUUGACGAGGAUUACAUAUCGAUGUCUCUUCACGAAAUGUUUCAUAUUGUAGGUGAUCAAAUGACCGAGAGAGACAUCAAACUUCUGAAAUACUUCUGUGUGGGCUUGAUAUCGGAGGAGAUGACGUCCAAGGUCCAAGACGGAUUCAGUUUUUUGUUGUGCAUGGAAAAAAUGAAUUUGGUAUCGGAGUCCAACUUCAUGAACGUGUUAGACUUAUUGAGAAUAAUCAACCGGCACGACCUGUCUCAGUUCGUACAUCUCAGGUGCAGAAAAUCAGUGAGACUGGAUCCGAUAUGUGCAUUCCUGGAAGCUACUUUCACCCAGUCACAAAGCACAGCAGAAAAGUCCAGGCUGUUAAGUGGAAGCACACCAGUCCAGGACAGCCUCAGAAGUGGUUUGGACAUUGAUAAUGUAACCUCUACCUCUCAACGUUCCAGAAAUGAAGGCAGACCAAACUCAUCCACAGUGGAAACAGCACUAAGUGUGUGUGCACCUGCUGAUCACCAUACUAAAGAGAGCUGUACCUCACCACCCAGGUCAGACACACCACCCAGGUCAGACACACCACCCAGCUCACCCAGGUCAGACACACCACCCAGGUCAGACACACCUCCCAGGUCAGACACACCUCCCAGGUCAGACACACCACCCAGGUCACCCAGGUCAGACACACCGCCCAGGUCACCCAGGUCAGACACACCAACAAGGUCACCCAGGUCAGACACACCACCCAGGUCAGACACACCACCCAGGCCAUCCAGAUCACACACACCACCCCCCCCAGACACACCUCCCAGGUCAGAAACACCUCCCAGGUCACCCAGGUCACGCACUCCUCCCAGGUCAUCCAGGGCAGACACACCACCCAGUUCAUCCAGGUCAGACACACCACCCAGGUCAAACACACCACCCAGGUCAGACACUCCAAGAACAAGUGGUGUUGAUUUUUAUUCGUCUUGGAUUUCAAGUGAAGCAAACACUUUACCUCAAGAUGAUCAAGUUGAGAAAAACAAUUUUUGUCACUCUUCACAGUUAUCAUCUUCAACAUCCUCUUCAGUGUCAGCUUCACAGUCCUCUUCAAUGUUGUCUUCGAAUUUGCCAUCAGAGUGUUCUUUGUCAGAGUCUUUAUCAGUGGGGACAUGUGUCCAGCAAGGCAUGUCCACAGACAAUACCUUCCUGGAGGCCCAGUCUUCUCGGUCAAAGAGGUUAAGAUCUGGAGAUUUGCCAAAGAACACCGGAGAUUAUUCCCUCUUACCAUCACAUAAACGAAGGAAGAAAGAUGCUAUUCUGGAGAAGACAGAAAACACUGAUUUAGAGAUGAAAGAUCGUGAUAUUACUGAUCCAGUCCAGGUGGUUCCAACUGACUGCACUACAAAGUCAUCAGAUCAGAUGGGUUCUCCCAAUUCAAGUCAGUCAGUUCAAGGGUUUAUUGCUUCCAGUUGUGAGAAAAAGAGUGGUGACACAGAACCCAGUUGUACAAAGCCUCCGAAUGACACUAGAAGUGAUGGUAACCAUAGCAGUUCCACUGACUCCAAGAACAGGGAUUCAGGACCAAAUACAGAGAGAACGAAGGAAAAAUUGACCUGUGAUAUCCGACUACGAGUGCGUGCAGAAGUUGCUCUACAGGAGAGUACUUUAGAGGGGAAUGUUUUCUCCAACAAGCCUACAGUGGUAGAACGGCAGUGUGAGAAGUUCAUGCAGGCCAACACAGUCCUCAAGUCACAUGACCUUGGCUCUAUCGUGUGUGACAUUAAGUUCUCAGAUCUGACCUACCUAGAUGCUUUUUGGCGAGACUACAUCAAUGGAUCACUGUUGGAAGCCCUGAAGGGUGUAUUUCUCACAGAGUCCCUGAAGCAGGCGGUUGGACACGAGGCCAUAAAACUCCUGGUCAAUGUUGAUGAAGAUGACUACGAAGCUGGCCGAGUCAAACUACUCAAUAAUUUCAAGAACUGAAGUAUUAUCACUUCCAGGGUUAAGUGUACAGGACUGACAUGUUUUAUUGCUGUAUAUGGACUGACAUGUAUUAUUGCUGUAUAUGGACCGACAUGUAUUAUUGCAGUAUAUGGACUGACAUGUUUUAUUGCUGUAUAUGGACUGACAUGUAUUUUUGCUGUAUAUGGACUGACAUGUAUUAUUGCUGUAUAUGGACUGACAUGUUUUAUUGCUGUAUAUAGACUGACAUGUAUUAUUGCUGUAUAUGGACAGACAUGUAUUAUUGCUGUAUAUGGACUGACAUGUUUUAUUGCUGUAUAUGGACUGACAUGUAUUAUUGCUGUAUAUGGACUGACAUGUUUUAUUGCUGUAUAUGGAGAUCAUGCUUUGGCUGAGUGAUGUCUUUAAUAAAUUAUUUAUGUCCACCAGACAGAUUGGGGAGAUCUGUUUUGUGUUUUCUUCUGUUCAUAAUGGAUGUAUUAUGGUACGGGGAGCGAGCGUCCAUUGGUUCACACUUUGGAUUCUGCAAGAUCCCUUGCUUAAAUAUUGUUUGAUUUUGAUGAAAUUUGUAAUUAUGUACAUGUAGACUGAGGCUAAGUUGCAUAAAAUCUGUGCAUAAACAAUUAGCAUACUGUGUCCUGAUUGGUCAAUUUCCACACUUUAAUUUCCACAAGAUAACUUGCUUAAGUUACUAGCUCACCUAACAAGUAUGCCUAGAGUGAUGAUAUUUAGUCAGUGGCAUACCGAGAUGAAGGGAUGCCUGGUUUGUUCAAAUGAAUGACCUUGACCCCAUUUCAAGAACACUGGGGUCAAGUAUGUUAAAAUCUUCAAAAAUCUACUUUUAAGUUCACUGGGGUCAAAUGAUGUUAAAAAACAACUUCUAAUUAAUAAGCAGAAGGCAAGUAGCAGGCUUGGCAGGACUACCAAACUUGUUCAAAUAAAUGACCUUCACCUAUUUUCAGUAUGUAUAAUACCUAUACAAAAUGUCUACCCUAAUUUGGAGAUAUUGAUGCAAGGGUUCACAUAAGUGUCAAAGGUGAAGAACAUGGACUAUUUCAAUUUUAGGUAAAAAAGAUUCCUGCAUAACAAUUCUAAUGUCGUUUUGGCAAUAAUCAGGAUUUUCAGCACAUUAUAAUCUGAUUUGUGUGUAACCUUGACCUUUUACCUUGAGUUUCCACUUUGGAACUUCAAUUUUAUUUUAUAAAAACACUCGUGCAAGAAGUUGACCAUAUUUGAGAUAACCAGCAAUUGAAAUUAAUUUUACUGGGUAGUAUCUUUUAGUCUGAUGAGUCCUUGACCUUGUGAUCUUGGCAUUAUAUAAAAAUAUCUCAGUUAUUGAAGAUAUUUGGCAAUUUGAAUAUAUUUUAGACUAAUGUUCGAGUCCUCUUUGCCUAACAGACACUCAAAAUCAAUCAAAGAUAGUAAUAUUUUAAUGGGAAAAGUUGCCAGACAGAUGUCUGAGGGAUGACAGACAGAUGACAAAGGGACAGAGGAUGCAACACAAGGUCACAGGUCCUUUGGAAAAGGUGAGGUUAAAAACCAAUGGGCCUGAAUCACUCACCUGGUAUUAAUUCAAAAUAAUCUAUUAAAAGAUUUAAACAUGUGACACA